CGUUUUUAAAUGAUCAGAUCUUCGCAGUGGGUUUCUUUUUAGCCACUUAAUUGUGGCCAGAGCUGUCUGGGCGACCGCAUUCUUUCAUUCCAGUGGCCUUAGGCGUCUCUGAAGAAAUACUGACUUGAUUUUUUUUUUUUGAUCGAACAGAGGAGUAUAGCUGUGACUAUGGAUCUGGCAGAUUCUUUAUCCUUUGUGGAAUUGGAGGAAUUAUUAGCUGUGGCACAACACAUACAGCAUUGGUUCCUCUAGAUCUGGUUAAAUGCAGAAUGCAGGUUUGUUUUGCAUGCCGGCUUAGAGGGUGUUGACGCAUGACUUGCGUUGUGAGGUGUAGUCACCUACUAACAAGCUGUGUGGAAGCCUAACUCUCCAGGAGGUAAGUCGAUGGACCAGCAGCAUGAGUUUUGUAUUAAAACGCAUGGUGUGUCUUGUCUUAUUGCAGAGUACAGUUGUGAAUUUGGCUCCAUGAAGUAUUAUGCACUGUGUGGCUUUGGUGGGGUCUUAAGUUGUGGCCUGACACACACUGCUGUCGUGCCCUUGGACUUAGUGAAAUGCCGCAUGCAGGUGGACCCGCAGAAAUACAAGGGCAUAUUUAAUGGAUUCUCAGUUACACUUAAAGAGGAUGGUGUUCGUGGUUUGGCUAAAGGAUGGGCCCCCACUUUCAUUGGCUACUCCAUGCAGGGACUCUGCAAGUUUGGCUUUUAUGAAGUCUUUAAGGCCGUGUAUAGCAACAUGCUUGGAGAGGAGAAAGCUUACCUCUGGCGCACGUCCCUGUAUUUGGCUGCCUCUGCCAGUGCUGAAUUCUUUGCUGACAUUGCCCUGGCUCCUAUGGAAGCUGCUAAGGUUCGAAUUCAAACCCAGCCAGGUUAUGCCAACACUUUGAGGGAUGCAGCUCCCAAAAUGUAUAAGGAAGAAGGCCUAAAUGCAUUCUACAAGGGAGUUGCUCCGCUCUGGAUGAGACAGAUACCGUACACCAUGAUGAAGUUUGCCUGCUUUGAACGUACUGUUGAAGCGUUGUACAAGUUUGUGGUUCCUAAGCCCCGCAGUGAAUGUACAAAGGCAGAGCAGCUGGUUGUAACAUUUGUGGCGGGUUACAUAGCUGGAGUCUUCUGUGCAAUUGUUUCUCACCCUGCCGAUUCUGUGGUAUCUGUGUUGAAUAAAGAGAAAGGAAGCAGUGCUUCUCAGGUCCUCCAGAGACUUGGAUUUAAAGGUGUGUGGAAGGGACUGUUUGCCCGCAUCAUCAUGAUCGGCACUCUGACCGCACUGCAGUGGUUCAUCUAUGAUUCCGUGAAGGUCUACUUCAGGCUCCCUCGCCCUCCUCCACCAGAGAUGCCGGAGUCUCUAAAGAAGAAGCUGGGUUUAACUCAGUAGAUAGAUCCAAACAAUUGUGGACUGAAUCUGCUUGUUGAUCAGUGUUGAAGAAAGUGUAAAAGGAACUUUUAUAUAUUUGACAGCGUAGGAAAUUAUCUAUUCCUGCUAUAAUUACUGUAGUAUUCUUGCUUAAGGCAAGAGUUUAAAAUUUACUGUUGAAAUAAACCCAACUGUUCAUGAUUUGCCUG